AUGUCAAGACCAAUUAAAGUGUUUAUGAUCAAUGGAAGUCCAAGAGAAAAAGGAAACACUUUUACUAUGUUGAAUUGGGUAAAAGAAGGAUUAGAAAAAGAAGGCAUUGAAGUAGAAAUUUACCAACUUGGAAAGAAAGAGAUUAAACCUUGUGUUGCAUGUUGUGCUUGCCAAAAAACUGGAAAGUGCUGGCAAAAAGACCCAACAAUGGAUGAGUUGUUGGAAAAAAUAAUUGCAGCAGAUGGUGUUAUUAUUGGAAGUCCAACGUAUUAUGCAGAUGUUCCAGGAAUUAUCAAGACGUUCAUUGAUAGAACCCAACCAAUUUAUUACAACAAAGAAACUCUUAGAAGAAAAGUUGCAGCAGCAGUUGUUAUGGCAAGAAGAGGAGGAGCUAUUCAUGUUUAUGAUACUAUUAAUCAUUGGUUUGGAAUUAACCAAAUGAUUACUAUUGGAUCGAGUUAUUGGAAUGAUGGAUAUAAUCCAAAUGUUACAGACCAACACGAAGUUGAAAAGGACGAAGAGGCUAAAACCACCAUGAAGAACUUAGCAGAGAACAUGGCAGUCAUGUCUAGUACAGGAGUCAAAACUAUGAAAGAUUUCAUGUUGAAUAAAUCCAACAUUAGAAAUAUGUGUGUUAUUGCUCACGUCGAUCACGGUAAAUCAACAUUAACAGAUUCACUUGUUACACUUGCAGGUAUUAUUUCCAAUGAAAAAGCUGGAGUAGCUAGAUAUACUGAUACUAGACCUGAUGAACAAGAAAGAUGUAUUACUAUUAAAUCAACAUCAAUUUCUAUGUAUUAUGAAAUUGAAGACAAAGAAGAUAUCCCAGCUGAUGCUAAUGGAAAUGGAUUCCUUAUUAAUCUUAUUGAUUCACCAGGCCACGUUGAUUUCUCAUCAGAAGUCACAGCAGCACUUCGUGUUACUGAUGGAGCAUUAGUUGUCGUUGAUUGUGUUGAAGGAGUUUGUGUCCAAACAGAAACUGUCCUUAGACAAGCCUUAACAGAAGAAGUUAUUCUUGAAUUAAAAGAAGAACCAGAAGAAGCAUAUCAAUCAUUCUGUAGAUCAAUUGAAAAUGUUAAUGUUCUUAUUUCUACUUAUAAAGAUGAACUUCUUGGAGAUGUUCAAGUUUCACCAGGAGAAGGAACAGUUGCAUUUGGAUCAGGACUUCAUGGAUGGGCAUUUACACUUGAAAAGUUUGCUAAAAUGUGGUCAGCUAAAUUUGGAAUUGAUAGAAAGAGAAUGUUAGAAAAACUUUGGGGUGAUAAUUAUUGGGAUGCUAAAGCCAAGAAAUGGAAGAAGAACGGUAAAGGAGAUCAUGGAGAAAUUCUUCAAAGAGGAUUUGUCCAAUUCUGUUUUGAUCCAAUUACUAAAUUAUUCAAUGCUAUUAUGGAGGGAAGAAAAGCAGAUUAUGAAAAGAUGUUAACUAAUUUACAAAUCAAAUUAUCAGCUGAUGAUAAAGAAAAAGAAGGAAAAGAACUUCUUAAGACAGUUAUGAAAUUAUGGUUACCAGCUGGUGUUACAUUACUUGAAAUGAUUGUUCUCCAUCUUCCAUCACCAGUUGUUGCACAAAAAUACAGAACAUCAAAUCUUUACACUGGACCUAUGGAUGAUGAAGCAGCUAAAGCUAUGGCUAACUGUGAUGAGAAAGGACCAUUAAUGAUGUAUGUUUCAAAAAUGAUUCCAACCAAUGAUAAAGGAAGAUUCUAUGCCUUUGGAAGAGUUUUCUCAGGAACAAUUAGAACAGGAGGAAAAGCUAGAAUUUGUGGACCAAAUUAUGUUCCAGGUAAAAAGGAUGAUUGUGUUAUUAAGAACAUUCAAAGAACUAUGUUAAUGAUGGGUAGAUAUACUGAUCCAAUUGAUGAAUGUCCAUGUGGUAAUGUUAUUGGACUUGUUGGAGUAGAUCAAUAUUUAUUGAAAUCAGGAACUAUUACAGAUUCAGAUACUGCACAUAUUAUUAAAGAUAUGAAAUUCUCAGUCUCACCAGUCGUCAGAGUUGCUGUUGAAACCAAGAAUCCAUCUGAUCUUCCAAAACUUGUUGAAGGUAUGAAGAGAUUAUCAAGAUCAGAUCCACUUUUAGAAACUAUUACAGAACCAUCAAGAAUUCAAUGUCUUUCUAAAUCAGCUAAUAACCAAAAUAGAUUGUUCAUGAGAGCCUUCCCAUUUGCUGAAGGACUUGCUGAAGAUAUUGAAGCAGGAGAAAUUAAACCAGAUACAGACUUUAAAGAAAGAGCUAAAUUCCUUUCAGAGAAAUAUGGAUGGGAUGUUGAUGAAGCUAGAAAGAUAUGGUGUUUCGGACCAGAUAACUGUGGACCAAAUUUGUUUGUUGAUGUUACUAAAGGUAUUCAAUAUUUGAAUGAAGUUAAAGAUUCUAUUGUUAAUGGAUUUAACAAUGCUAUGCAUGAUGGAGUUGUUUGUAAUGAACAAAUUAGAGGAGUUAGAAUUAACUUAGAAGAUGUUAAAUUACAUGCAGAUGCUAUCCACAGAGGAGGAGCACAAAUGAUUCCAUGCGCUAGAAGAUGUUGUUUCGCAUGUGUUUUAACAGGAGCCCCAUCACUUCUUGAACCAAUGUAUCUUGCAGAAAUUCAAUGCCCAGAAUCUGCUAUUGGAGGAAUUUACACAGUCAUGUCAAGAAGAAGAGGAAAGAUUAUUUCAGAAGAACAAAGACCAGGUACUCCAUUAUUCAAUGUUAGAGCUUAUCUUCCAGUCUGUGAAUCAUUUGGAUUUACUGCUGAUUUGAGAUCACAUACUUCAGGACAAGCCUUCCCACAAUGUGUCUUUGAUCAUUGGCAAUUACUUAAUGGUGAUGUUACAGAUGCUACAUCAAAGGUUGGAUCAAUUGUUGCUGCUAUUAGAAAGAGAAAAGGACUUCCAGAAGGUGUUCCAGGUUUAGAUAAAUUCUAUGAUAAGCUUUAA